UUUAUGAUAUAAACACUUUUAGGCGGGGAGCACGUGGUUAGGGUUCCUCCACCACCGGGGGGAAUGGGACCCGGUUGGGGCCCGGUGAGCACGAGCGGCGAGUACACGGCGGGGUUCUCGGGACAACAUCACAACACUCCAGUGCCACCUCAUUCGCCAAACAUGGGGGGCAUGGGAGGGUACAACCAGAGCCAGUUCACGUACGAGGAACUGGCAGCGGCGACGUCAGGGUUUUCUCAGGCGAAUCUGUUGGGACAAGGCGGUUUCGGCUACGUGCACAAGGGGGUGCUGGCCAACGGGAGAGCGGUGGCGGUGAAGAGCUUGAAGUCGGGGAGCGGGCAAGGGGAAAGGGAGUUCCAGGCUGAAGUUGAGAUCAUAAGUAGGGUUCAUCACCGCCACCUUGUCUCCCUUGUUGGGUAUUGCAUUGCUGAGGGACAGAGAAUGUUGGUUUAUGAAUAUGUUCCUAAUAACACCUUGGAGUUCCACCUUCAUGGAAAAGGACAACCGGUGAUAGACUGGCCAACUAGGCUAAAAAUAGCAGUGGGAUCAGCGAAAGGAUUGAGUUAUUUGCACGAAGAUUGCCAUCCUCGGAUUAUACACCGCGACAUCAAAUCCGCAAACAUUUUACUUGAUAAUCAGUUUGAAGCGAUGGUUGCCGAUUUCGGGUUGGCAAAACUCUCCACAGACAAUAACACUCAUGUUUCAACUCGUGUCAUGGGAACAUUUGGGUAUUUGGCUCCGGAGUAUGCAUCAAGUGGGAAGCUAACGGAGAAGUCCGACGUGUUCUCAUUUGGCGUCAUGCUCUUGGAACUAAUCACCGGCCGUCGACCCCUCGAUCUUACCAACAACCUCAUGGAAGACAGCUUAGUUGAUUGGGCGAGGCCACUCAUAGCGAAAGCAGUUGAGGAUGGCAACUAUGAUGAGUUGGCCGAUCCGCGGCUGGAGGGAAACUAUAACUCUCACGAGAUGGGUCGGAUGGUCGCCUGCGCAGGCGCUUGCAUUCGACAUUCCGCCAAAAGGCGUCCUAAGAUGAGUCAGAUUGUGCGGGCUUGGGAAGGGGAUUUUUCGCUAGACGACUUGAACGAUGGUGGGGCCGGGAGGGGGACGACGGCGACGAGGUCGAGCGAGACGGGGUUGUACGACACGCGGGCAUACAAUGCGGACAUGCUGAAGUUUAAGGAGAUGGUGAUGUCGAACCAGGAGAGCAGCGAGUACGGCGGCGGCCAUGCGUCCAACUCCACCACCAGUUUCGACGAUUCCGGGGAACACUCCUCCGCUCCCCAACACAACAACUUCUAACUAGUGCUAGUAUUUCAUACAAGUACGAACAGAUAUAUUACUACGAUACAACGUGUAUGGAGAUCAUUCAAUUCGAUCAAUUCUGAUCUAUUCAUAU